AUGAGAUUAACCAACCUUGGCAUUUUAUUGUUAGUCUUUGUUAUGACAUGCUUUUUUUUAAUCAUGGAACCAAGGAUAUUCACCAGGUUAAUGACUCAAAACAACAAAAAGAUUAAGAAAGAUACGUUUAUUCAAAAAGAUGAAUUAGAAAAUAAAACAGUAGAAAUUAAAGAAGAGGAAGAAGUAGUAGAAACUAAAUACAUUCCACCUAAAUUUACUUUUACUGAAGAUGAAUUAAAAAACCAUCCAAACCAAAAUCCUAGAUUAGUAAGAUCUUCUUAUCCUGGAAUUAGUAAUAUUCGACUAAAUUAUGAAGGUAAAUGUGGUGAACUCUUCAAAUACCCACCACACACUACAAAAGACAUUGUUUUUGGUGCUUUUGAAGAGUAUAGUAAUAAUUCUCCUGACCAAGUAAGCUUCAGAGAAAGAAUAGCUAGAACACUUGAAAUUACUAGGACAACAUUAUCAAAAGCCAAGUUUGUUGUAUACUAUAAAGGAACUAUUAGUAAAGCAAUGGAAAAAUUAUUUAAUUAUUAUAAAGUUGAAUUAAUUAAAGCACCAGCAAAAUAUGAUAAAUUUCAUAUUGCUAAUGCAAGAUUCUUUUUAUUCUAUGACUAUAUGAUGAAACACCGUUCAGAGAUUGAUAGAGUUUUAAUGAUUGAUCUUAAAGACGUUUACGUCUUUGCUGAUAUUUUUGCAGCAGUAGAUCCAAGUCAAUGGGUUAUGAUGAGUGAAUGUUUUGAUCAUAGAUUUUGUCUUCAUUUAGGAGAAGGACAUUGGCAUAAUGAAAGGUUGAGAGAGUUUUAUGGAAAUCCACCAUUAAGAGAAUGGAGAAAUUUAAAUGUAGUAGAAAUUAAUAGUGGGUUCCAUAUUGGAAAUGUAAAUAAAGCGAUUGAAUUCUGUGAAUAUUAUAUUUCUAACUUUGAAAUAAAAUAUUGCGAUAGAUGGGCAUAUGAACAACAAAUGACUAAUGUAAUUAUAUGGACAAAACCUAAUAAACUCAAUGCUGUUGUAGUAGACAAAUGUGAUCAACUUAUGUGUUUCCCUGCAGCAUUACCAGCAAUCUUUUCAUUUUCAAAUGGAAAUUCAAUUCGUUAUGCUAAAGAUGGAUGUUCACCAAUAGUUCUUCAUAAAGGAUUACCACCAACGUGGGAUAGAUUUUAUAAUUUUGAAAAUAAAAUAAACUAA